AUGAACAACAAAGGAGCGGUUUGGACUUCAGGGCCCACCCUAGGGGCUCCCGAGUCCCCUGCCGCUGAAUCCGGAUCCUCAGGAUCUGGAUCUGGAUUUGGAUUCAAAGCCGAAGGUGGUUCAGUGACUACGGGCUCUGGAGGCGAUCUGGCGGUCCUCCUACCUCAGGGAGUAACCUCCACCGCGGCGAAUUCGCUGACCGUGCAGCUAGACGCCUCCGUCGCCGGCUGCUACGAUGCGUUUACGGGUUUGAAGCUGCCGUACGACAUCUCCUCCUCUUUGAGCCUGACGUCACCGUUGGUAGUCACUCCGGUCACGACACUGCUGGCAGCAGCUGUGGCCGCCGUCACCUCCGGAGGCGACGACUCGCUUUCCUCAGGCACGGUCGUGGAGAGAGCGUACGGCAUGGUUGGAGUGAAGGUUACGGCAUCUGCUGUCGCUGGUGGGCUCGUAGCUUUGCGCCAGGCUGAUAUUGACGAGAGGCGAACGGGCGUGCGAAUGGUGUUCGCCGACGCGGCCCUCUCCUCGCUCGUCAUCACCGGGGCCGCGGCACUUGCGGCCUUCCCCGCGGGCACAUUGCCCUCUUGUACGACGGAAGCGGCGCUCGUUAAUGCAGUGUACGGCAGCCUGGCCGCGCACAUCAACACGUCGGCGUCACUCGCCAUAUCGCUGGACGGCACGUCGUUGCUGAGUGACGUCGUGACGGCGGCGGCGAAGGACAAAUGCGGAGCAUCGACGGCGACCAUGUCGAACAAGGACGUGCAGGCGUUACUGACCCAAGGGUCACUACUCUACCGGAUGGUGCAAAGCUCCUUGCUGUCUAACGGAAGUAGCAGCAGCAGCAAUGGCGGUAGCAUUAUUGACGAUGAGCUGGCGGUGUUGCCCCUGGAGGCUCUUUCGACGGCGUCGCGCGUGUCGUACGUCGUACAGACGCAAGCACCGACAGUGCUGAAGGCUCUAAGCAGCAACACCAUGGCUGUACAGGAUUUGACAAAGGUCUGGGCCGCGCACCUGGCUGAUGCACCCGUCGAUUUGGCUGGAAUGGCGUCUGAGGUGGGACUGGGCUCCCUGGCGCCGUCUGCGGGCACUCUGCGGAUACGAGUGCGGGCACUUGGAGGCCUUAAACAAUGCCAGGUCCAACUGCAGAGUCCCUACCUCGCGAACAGCACCAAUGUCACCACGGACAGCCGUGGCUUUGCUAACGCCAGUGGGGUGUGUGCACCGAUGGUGACUGUUCCCUCCGGCUGCAUGGAUUCCGCGCUGUCGGCGAACAAUGCUAGCGUCCCGAUGCCCCCUUUCAAAAUAUAUGUGCAUGUGUGUGUGAGGGUGUGGGGGGUGCAACUGGUUUUCAAACCCAGCCCCACUUCCCUCGGUCACCUGCUGGCCCCCGCGUUUCCCUUUAUCGGCAACUCUCCGGCCGGUCCUGUUAAGGCGCUCGUGCCGUUCAACACCACCGCCGUGAUCAACCCCGCCGCCGCUAUAGCAACUGCCGCCUUCAUGCACCUCCGUACUAAUGAGGCCGCUGCUGCCGGCGGGAAUGACGAACGUGCUAGCCACAUCACCGCCGCCGACUACGCCCUGCCGUACACGUAUUUUGGAGUGGGUCUUGUCGGUCGCAAGGACGCCCUGCCGGCUAACACGAGUUUCGUUAGUCAGGAAUGGAAAGCGGGGAGCCUCCUUGAUCAGCGUGCGUUCUUAGUGAACCUGAGGUUGCUGUUGGUGCUCAACACCAGCUCUGAGGUCGUGCUAGGCCUGCAGCGCCCAGCAGGGACCCCAGCCGAUGAGGUCCAGAAGGACCGGGUGGUUUCGGCGCUGGUCUCCCAAAUCGCAGCAGACAUGCUGUCCAACAAGCUGAUGAUUACGGAAAGAAGCUACCUGGAGGGCCUCAUAAUGUCGGUCUACAAGGAAACUCGCGGAUCGACGACAGGAGGUUCCCGCCGUGCAUUGCAGCAGUCGGAGCAGGUAAAGAAGGUACUGGCAAUCACAGCCUCCGUUUUGUCAAAUUGCACCAAACGUCUUGAAGGCCUUGACGCGAAUUGCACCGCGGCGGCGGCUGAUGGCGGCGGCGACGGCAGCGACACGCUAGAUGCCAUGAGCAAGCAAGCUGCGAACGUGACGGCGAUGAUGCUGUACGCUGUGGUUCCGGACCUGCGAAACCUUACCACCGCCCGCAGUGACGCCGCCAUCGCCGCCAUGGAGCAGAAUAUCGUCAAUUCGUACAUGGUCGACAACCCCGAAAUCCCUGCGGGAAUAUUCAUAGACACCACAGAAUUUUCCAACAAGGACGGCGACGCGCUUGCCUCGAUCGACAAUGGAAAUCCGACGCCGGCGCUAGAGGCGCCAUCGCGAAGCUUAAUACCACCCAUGGCGGCAGCCGCUGGGUCACCGCUAUCGGGGCAGAUUGCGAUAGCCCCAGAUAUCGCGGGGGGGGGGUCGACCCGGGAAGCCGGCCGCGGCACCCUACUGCCUAUGAGCAUCGCACUGAGUGCUACCAUUGGUUCCGUGUUGGUGUUGGCGGCGGCGGUGUUUGCCGUACGCCACGUCAAGGCGCGCAACGCCUUCCGAUUCAAGUUGGACGAGAACGCCUUCCGGCUCGCACUGGACGAUGGCUCCCCGCCGCCGCUGGCACGGCUGUCAUCACCGUGCAUGUCUGGCUGUAGUAAAGACGGGCGCAGAGGGAGCCUAGCAUCGUCCGAAUUGAAAGCGCACUCGAACUUUUCCAAUACAAAUGAUCCAGAGGCCGCAUCAUCAUCACCUCCAGAGGCGGCGGCGCCACCGCCGCCGCUGCCGCUAGCUGUAACGGCCUCGGCAUCCGCGCCGGGCUUGCUGUACGACUCGGAAAUGUCGCCGCGGAGGCACCACGAACACCAUCACGGGCACCAAGAGUUUUUGGUACAGACUCAAGAGCCGCAACAGGAGUGGCAACGGCUGGUACAGACUCGAGAGCCGCACGGCUCUGGGAGCCCGGUAGGUUUGCUACUGCCGCCCCCGGAGCCUCAAUUGCUGAACCGCCAGCAGCAGCAGCAGCAGCAGCAAGUAGAGGUGCAAAGCAUUCGGGAUUUGAAGUCGGCCUCUACGGCACGAGGCCCCGGCCCGGACGCGGAUGACUCAAAGGAAACGCCCGUCGAGCUCAACAGCAACGACAAAUACCCGUCGUACCAUUCCGGGAGCUCGUCCAACAACAGCACAAUGCCGUACGGGUCACCGCCUCGCGCUUCAAGUAGCGGCACGGGGAGUGCGGACCAGCCCCAGGCUUACGCGGAGAGUGCCAGGGGGGGCCCUAAAUGUACGGCAGUGACAAUGGGUUGUACGGAAAUUACGCCGGCCGCCGCGGGGCCGGAAGAGGAGGCGGCGGCGGACAACCACUUCGAUGGCCGUGCUGGGACGGGCGGUAACCCCAUGCAAAGAGUUAACGGCGGCGGGGGCGACGGCGCCUACCCGGCAGCUCGCUCUGCAGACAGUAUUCCGAUCGCUGCUGCCGGCCAGUCGGCAGAGCUGCCGUCGGAGGCGUUAGCGGCGGUGUUGGCGGCGUUGCGGGCGGUGAGAACAUUGGGCUCCUCCAUGGACGGAAAUCAUGAGGGAGCUGCCGGCUUGGAUCCGAGAUCCGGAUCUGGAUCUGGACCGAGCUCAAAGGCCUUACAUAGUAGCCGCAGCAUGGUCAAAUCCAGGUCAACAACGGCGGACCCGUCGCCUUGGCCAACGCCGCCAGGGCAGGUCACAUCCCCGGCCGAGGACGCGCCGCUGCAGCGGCCCUCAAUGGAUGCGGUGCCAUCGCCUCCACCGCCUCCACCACUGCCGGGGUCGGGAUUUCCCUAA